AUGGGCGACUUCAAUGCUAGAGUCGGCACCAAACAAAUUGGCGAAGAAAAUAUACUGGGCAUGUCAUGCUUUGGAAAAAGAGAUAAAAGAGGAAGUAUGAAAAAAGGUCUGAAAGAAUUGAACGCAAGUAAAAAAUGGGUACCAUGCUUACAGGAAAGCUCACAAAAAAACAAGAAAACAUUCUAUAGAACAGAAAUUGUUAACAUUGCUACGGAAUUCUAUAAAGACUUAUACUCUAAAAAAACGAUGCUCCAGCCAAGUGUUUUAUCAUCAAACCACAACAAUCACAACACAGUCAAAAGAUUUACGUUCAAUGAAAUUGCCUCAAUGAUAAAACGGCUAAAAAAGGAAAAAAGCAGUGGACCAGAUGGAAUACCUAAUGAGGCAAUCCUAGCAGGAAAACCCACUCUAGUUCCUCUUCUAACCACCCUUUUUAAUAUGAUAUUAGACACAAAAACAAUCCCCGAAGAAUGGGCAAAAUCCAACAUAAUACUUUUAUAUAAGAAAGGAAACCCUAACUGUGUUAGUAAUUAUAGACCAAUCAGCCUACAACCAACCUUAUAUAAACUUUUCGCAUCUGGCAUAGAAAGACGCCUAGCAGAAUAUACUGAAAAACACCAACCAGUGGAACAAGCGGGAUUUAGAAGCAGCUUCUCGACGACAGACCAUAUCCACUCUCUGGAAAUUGUAAUAGAGAAAUAUCAAGAAAUGAAGAGGCCGCUAUAUCUAGCAUUCAUAGACUACGCCAAAGCAUUCGACUCUAUUUCCCAUGACAGCAUAUGGAGAGCUUUAAAUGAAUGCGAAGUCCCAUCAGAAAUCAUAAAUCUUAUUAAAGAUAUAUACCAAAAGAGCAAGAGCAAGGUAAUACUAGAUAGAGCCGGACCAGAAAUAGAUAUACAGAGAGAGAAAGCAUCGCAACUACAAGAAAUGUUAAAAGAGAUUCACUUGGUGAGCUAUACUGUUGGACUAGAAUUAAAUACUUCAAAAACAAAAAUUAUGACGAACUCUAUAGAAAUACCCAUAAAAAUUAACAAUGCUCCAAUAGAAUAUGUGCAAGACUAUGUUUACCUCGGAAAACAAAUAUCGUUCAAAAAAACCAGACAUAAAGAAGAACUUAACAGACGAAUAAACACGGCCUGGAAGAAAUUUUGGAGCCUAAAAGAAAUCCUGAAGUCAAAUGCACCAAUUAGACUAAAGAAAAAGGUUAUGGACUCUUGCAUCCUACCAUCUCUUACUUAUGCAUCGCAAACAUGGAUCUAUAACAAAUUCACAAAAAAUAAAAUAAUUACAACUCAGAGAGCCAUGGAGAGGAGUGUGCUGAGACUGAGACUGAAACACAAAAAGAAAAGCACAGAUAUAAGACACAUCACAAAUGUAAUAGACGCUCUAACACACUGUAAGAAACUUAAAUGGAAAUGGGCUGGACAUGUAGCACGCAUGAACGAAAACCGUUGGGCAAAAAUUGUAACCCUGUGGCAAGGUCCUAUGGGAAAGAGAAACAGAGGCAGACCAGCUGACCGAUGGCUUGACGAAAUACUGAAAAUAGCAGGAAAAAACUGGACUGAAAAAGCAAAAGAUAGAAAGGUGUGGACCAGCAUGGAGGAGGCCUUUACUCUGUAG